CGUGGAGCAGCAUACCCUGUCUCAGGUUCCUCUCCCUCCCCCAGGCAGUGAUGUGUGGAGUACCCACGAGCGCCGCCUCUUCUCCAAAGCCUUCGCCCUGCACAGGAAGGACUUUGCCCAGAUCCAACGUGCGGUGAGAGCAACACUAGCCCCCUCUCCACCCCUCACUUCCAACCACCUUCUGCGGGGGGAACGGACACCCAUCUACUCCAGCCCCAGCCUCUUCCAGCAGGGGGAGCUGUAGGAGUGGGGUGGGAGCGCUGGCUGCAGGGGGAUGGAUUUCCGGCUAAUCCAGGCCUGGCCUCUCCCAGCAGGGCUGGGGGAUGCUAGCUGACCGAGUUCUCCCUGCCCCCCAGGUGCCCUCCAAGCGGCUGGCCCAGUGCGUGGAGUUCUAUUACUUGCACAAGAGCCGGCUGCGGCGCAGUCACAAACGAAGUGGUGCCGGGUCAGAGUCGGGCGCCAUCGUAGGCAGGGCCGGCCCCGGGCAGCCCCCACCUACCCCAGAGCUCCCUCAGGACUCCUCCCCCGGCUCCAGCUUCCCCUGCAAACGUUGCGGCAAGACGUUCUACAAGAUCAAGAGCCGAAAUGCCCACAUGAAGAUCCAUCGGCAGCAGGACGACUGGGGUGGGCAGGGGGGAAUGCUGGGACCUGGCACUCUCCCUGCCCCUCAUGUGGGGUGCCCCCCCUGGGCCAACACAGAGCCAGCCGAGCCCGUUGCUGAGGCCCUGGCCUGCCCCGGGCUGGGGCUGCUCUAUGGGAGGGACAUGGAGCAGCUCUUCAUGUGAUGGGGGCCAGGACCCCUCCCUUGGCCUGGCAUGGAGAGCCCCACCUUCCAAGAGUUUGCCCCACUGGGGGCCAAGGGGCUGUGGUCUCCUCAUGGAGAGCACAAGGUUAUAGGAGCCCCCUACCAUGAGGGCAGGACCUGCCCCUACAAGAGA